AACGAAUUUUAUCGAGUACUGGUCCCAUAUUUCUUGCGUGGGCUCCUGAUUCUAUGGCUAGAACAGGAGCACAGGCACCCAAGGUGGGGUUUUUCUAACCAAUCUAGUGUCGAUCGUGCUCGCUCGCUCUUGGUCUCCGCGAUUGCUCCACAAAUCUUGGCGUCAAGCUUCCAACAAUGGUGUCGCGGAUCGGAUCUGGUGGUGCCCACGGCGCAAAACGUUGACAAGUUCUUCCCUCUUCUAUUCUGCGAGGGGGCAAGAGAUAGGGAAGGAGAGGAGAGCUCCCGAUAGUUCCGUGCUCUGGGUAAAGACAGGAGCUUCUUGGACGGAGCUCAUCAAGGCCGUAGAGAUGGAGGAGAUGUGGCGGCGUUGGGAGGCCGCCAGCCACAAUCACAGUGCUCCGCCGGACGGGAGAAGGAUGAGCGACAGUGGGCGAUGACGCCAACACCCCCGAAUCGUGGCACCGAUCGAGGCGGAGACGGAGAAUCGGGAGCCCAAGUCGCUUGAUCAUCGAUUAGAUUUGGCAGAAUGGAUGCGGUGGUCGAGACCGAUGAGGAGGAGGAAGCCCAAGAACAGGGAAAGGGAAGAAUGUGGAAGCUGGACCAAACUUUGGAUCAGCCACUCGGGGAGGAGGCCGGGCACGUCGCCAGUAUGUGGCGAUCCGACAAGGGAUUGUCCACGGCCACCACUUUGCGGCUGGCCUUCUUGAGCUUGGGAGUGGUGUAUGGAGAUCUUGGAACCUCGCCUCUCUACGUCUUCUCGAGCAUCUUCCAGGACACUAGCACCGUGGAGAACACCGACGAUAUCCUUGGAACGCUCUCGCUCAUCAUCUACACCAUCACUCUCAUCCCUCUCAUCAAAUACGUGUUCAUCGCGCUUCAGUCCAGCGACUAUGGCGAAGGUGGAACUUUUGCUCUCUACUCGCUCAUCUGCAGGCACGUCAAAGCAAACACCAUCCAAAACCAGCAUCACACCGACUUGAAACUCACGACGUAUAGCCGCCGGCCAGUAGCUCCAAACUCUCUGGCUUUCAAGGUGAGAACACUCUUGGAGAACAACUCCCAUCUCCAGAAGAUCUUGCUCGUCCUGGUUCUUUUGGGAACGAGCAUGGUUAUCGGCGAUGGUAUCCUUUCCCCGGCAAUCUCAGUACUUUCGUCUGUCAAAGGCAUUCAAGCGGCGCAUCAUUCUCUUCCGGAAGAAGCUGUGCUGGUGCUGUCCCUGCUGAUUCUGGUGAUCCUGUUUUGUAUGCAACGAUUUGGAACCGGCAGAGUGGCUUUCAUUUUUGCUCCCGUCAUCUUUCUCUGGUUCCUCUCCAUUGGUUUGAUCGGGCUCUACAACAUUUUCAGGCACGACCCAUCCAUCUUCCGGGCGCUCUCGCCGCUCACUUUCAUUCGCUACUUCCACAGGAGUGAAGUGAAUGGAUGGGUCGCUCUUGGAGGAAUUAUGCUCUCCAUCACUGGCGCAGAGGCAUUGUUUGCAGACCUCGGCCAUUUUUCCGCUCUUUCCAUUCAGCUGGCGUUUACAUUUCUGGUUUUUCCUUGCCUCCUCGCAGCUUACAUGGGGCAGGCUGCGUUCUUGAUGCAUCAUCCAGAUCGAGUGGCCGAUGCCUUCUAUAGCUCUGUCCCAGGACCUCUGUACUGGCCAAUGUUUGUGAUUGCCACCGCAGCAGCGAUCAUCGCGAGCCAGGCAACAAUCUCGGCAACUUUCUCUAUAGUCAAGCAGGCAGUAGCACUCGGCUGCUUCCCUCGAGUAAAGAUCGUCCACACUUCUCAGCGUUUCAUGGGCCAGAUUUACGUGCCCGAGGUGAACUGGAUACUCAUGGCGCUGUGCUUGCUCAUCACUGCCGGCUUCCGCAAAACAACGCAAAUCGGCAACGCAUACGGUGUUGCCGUGAUCGGAGUUAUGCUAGUCACGACUUUGCUCAUGGCUUUGCUCAUGGUGGUCAUCUGGCAAACAAAUAUAUUCCUGGUGCUGCUCUUCCUCGCCGUGUUUGGCACCGUGGAGCUCGUUUACAUCUCGGCCGUGCUCUUCAAAGUUCCAAAUGGUGGCUGGGUUCCCCUGGCGAUAGGAGCGGUCCUCUUGCUCGUCAUGUAUACAUGGCACUACGGCUCCACGCAGCGCUACGAGACCGAGAAACGCAACAAAGUCUCGGUUGGAUGGAUCCUCGGCCUGGGACCGAGCUUGGGACUCGUCCGGCUACCCGGCAUCGGCCUCUUCUACACCGAGCUAGCUCACGGAGUUCCAUCUAUCUUCUCCCACUUUUUGACGCACUUCCCAGCGAUCCACUCAAUCCUGGUGUUCGUCUGCGUCAAGUACUUGCCGGUGAGCACGGUGCCAAAGGAGGAAAGGUUUCUGGUGCGAAGGAUCGGCCCCAAGAACUACCGGAUGUUUCGCUGCGCUGUGAGAUACGGAUACAAGGAUCUCCACAAACGAGACGACCAUUUCGACGAUCUCUUGAUCCAGACGCUGGCGGCGUUCGUGAAGUACGAGUCGCUGCUCGAGAGCGUGGAUGGACAGGACGAUGGAAACUCGGAGUUAAGCCAGGUGGUGUACGCGGCGUCGAGCUCCCAGUCCCAGCAAGAACAGCAAGAACACGAUCACCAGGAGACGAGGAACACGGUGGCGGGGUUCAUGAGCAACUCUCUCACGUCGGUGAACUCGUCGACGCAGCUGACGAGCUACAGCAGUGAUGGCGACGACAGAGAUGAUCGACGACAGGACGAGCUCAAGUUCUUGCACAGCGCCAAGGAGCAAGGCAUCGUCCACAUCCUCGGCAACACGCUCAUCCGGUGCAACGAGGGAUCGGGGCUGCUGAGGAGAGCGACGAUCAAUUACUGCUAUGGAUUCCUUCGCAGGAUCUGCCGGGACAACUCGGUGAUCUACCACAUCCCUCACGAGAGCCUCCUUCACGUCGGCAUGGUCUACAAUGUGUGAUCGAGGCAUCCAUAGCUUCGUUACCAUUGAUUGAGAAAGAAGAUCGCGAAGAACAAUGAUUAGAUUAGCA